AGAACCAGUAAAAUCUGAAUUCUAAGAAGUUUUAUGGCGGUUGAUCUGGUUUAUUUAUUUGACAAAUAUGGAAUCUUAUUCAAGCAGUGAUGACUCUGGUGAUGAAGCACAAAGCCACAACGAGUCUGAUGCAGAACAAAAACGAUCAGAAGCAGAACAUAGUGAUGUUGAAUCAGAAAAUGAGCAAGCUGCACAGUCAAAUCGCAGCGAAAGAUCUGAGGCUAGUGGUAGUGAAUCUGAAGCAGAAGAAAGAAAUAUGUCUUCCCAUGAUCAAAAUGAUUCAGAUGAAGCUUCUCAGAAGCAUGAUUCGGAUGCUGAAUCUGAAGGUCAACAUUCAUAUGCUUCAGAACAGCAUGAGCAGCAACAUUCAGACAAUGAAUCUGAAAGACAAGCUUCUGGUGAUGAACAUGAAGCAUCAGAUCAAGAAAUGGGUGCACAAUCUGAAAGAGUAGCUUCAGGAAGUGAACGUGCUUCUCAAAGUGAAGGAUCAGAUGCUGAACAUUCUGAUUAUGAACAAGAUAAUCAGGGACAAAGUGUCAGAGAAGCUUCUGAUGGAGAAAAUCGUCAAGGUGAUCAGUCUGAAGAAGAUUCAGAUAAUGAACAAGCUGUUUCAGAAAGAGUGGAAUCUGCUAAUGAAGACGGUGGUUCUGACAUGGAGCAAGAACGAUCUGAUGUAGAACGAGCGAGUUCUGAUGCUGAGCAAGCUGUAUCUGAAGCAGAACAGGCAGGUUCAGAUGCAGAACAAUCUGAUAUGGAACAAGCAGGCUCUGAUGCUGAACAAGCUGGCUCGGAUGUUGAACAGGCAGGCUCUGAUGCUGAACAAGCUGGCUCAGAUAUUGAACAGGCAGGCUCUGAUGCUGAGCAGGCAGCCUCAGAUGUAGAACAGGCAGAUUCAGAUGCAGAACAAGCAGGUUCAGAUGCAGAACAAGCAGCAUCAGAUGCAGAACAAGCACCUUCUGAUGUGGAGCAGGCAGUUUCUGAUGCAGAGCAGGCAGGUUCUGAAGUUGAAGAUGCAGGUUCUGAAGUUGAACACGCUGGAACAGAUGGUGAACAAGAAGGCUCUGGGGUAGAGCAAGCUGGUUCAGAUGUCGAGCAAGCUGGUUCAGAUGUUGAACAAGCUGGUUCAGAUGCUGAACAAGCUCAUUCGGAAGCUGAGCAAGUUGAUUCUGAUGCUGAGCAAGCAGUUUCAGAUACUGAACGUCGCAGUUCCGAUAAAGAACGAUCAGAAUCUGACAAUGAACGUGUUGAAUCUGAAGCAGAAGCUCGUUCUGAACAGUCUGACGCAGCCUCAGAGAAUGAACAAUCUGAUCAAGGAAACAAAUCAACAAGUGACUCGGAGGCUAGAAAGAAAAGAAGAAUUUUAAGCAGUGAUGAUGAGCAUUCAGAUCAAGAUAAACGCAAGGUGAAGAAAGUCCAUCAAAAACGCAGAGAAGUUCGAAGAUCAUCCAACCAAGAAGAAGCUGCUCAUGAAUCAGAUGAAGAUGGAAGAGAAGGUGCAUCAUCUGUCAAAUCUGACCAUGAAGAGCAUUCUGCUGCUGAUUCUAAUGAUGCAGAUUCGGAUGUAGAAAUGAGAUCCCGAAAGAAAAGAAAAAUUGCACAUUCCAAUGAUUUGGGCUCUGAUGAGGAAGCAGUCAAGAGAGAUAGUAGCGAAAAUGAAUCUGGUGAUGAAUCCCAACUAAAGUCUCAAAGAAAAAGAAAACAUAGCAGUGAUGAGCAAAAUGAUUCUGAUGAAGAUGACGAUGUUAAAAUAAAGAAAAAGAAGCGAGUUGUUGUUGAUGAUUCUGAUCAAGGUUCUGACAUGGAAGCAAAAAAUGCAUCAGACGCAGAAGAAAUGGAUCAAGAUCGUGUUAGAGAUGACGAUGAAGAAGGUUCUCCCAAAGCUACUGCAACUGACUUGUUUGGAGAAGAUCUGGAUAUUAGCUCAGAUGAGGAAGCUAAAGCAGAGAGAAUGACUAAUGGGGAUAUGGGAGAUGCCUCUCCAUCCGAAAAACCGGAACAAGAAGAGCCUCCUCCAGAAACAAGAAUAGAAUUAGAAAUACCAAGAAUAUGCACUAAUCUUGGAAAAGAAGUGCAUUUCAUAAAAUUGCCUAACUUUCUCAGUGUUGAAACCAGGCCUUAUGAUCCUCAGUGGUAUGAAGACGAAAUUGAUGAAGAUGAGGUUCUUGAUGAAGAAGGUAGAGCCAGAUUGAAAUUAAAGGUUGAAAAUACAAUUCGGUGGCGCAAAGUGUUUGAUGAUGAUGGACACGAAAAAAAGGAAAGUAAUGCUAGAGUUAUUAAAUGGUCGGAUGGCAGCUUGUCAUUACAUUUAGGCUCUGAAAUAUUCGAUGUUUACCGACAAACAUUAAUGCCGGGUGAUCAUAAUCAUAUCUUCAUACGUCAAGGAACAGGUUUGCAAGGUCAAGCUGUUUUCCGUACAAAACUCACUUUUAGGCCUCAUUCAACAGACAGUUUCACUCAUAGAAAGAUGACGUUGUCUCUGGCAGACAGAAAUCAAAAGACACAGAAAAUUAGGGUGUUGCCUAAUGUUGGUAAAGAUCCUGAAGCUCACAGAUGGGAAAUGAUUAAGCAAGAGGAAGAUCGCUUAAGAGCAUCCAUUCGAAGGGAAAGUAAACAGAGGAGAGUUAAAGAAAAAUCUCAUUCCAGAGGACUCAGUAGUUCAUACUUAGAAGGUGACAGAUAUGAAGAUGAUGAUGAUGGCGCAAUUUCUUUGUCAGCUAUCAAGAAUAAGUAUAAGAAAAAUGCUGCUGCUGCCAAAGAGCGUCAAUCCAUAUAUUCUUCUGAUGAACCAUCGGAUGAUGAAGCUAAAGACAAAAGAGCCGACCAAGCCAAAGAGGAUGAUGAUGACGACAGUGACUUGGAUUAUUUUGAUCGCAAGAAAGCAGCAGCAGAUGGGAAGAAGAAAACAGUCACAAUUGAAGAAAGUGAUGAUGAUGAUGAUGAAUAGUACUGAUACAUUCAUCAAAAUAUUGUAAAUAUUCAUUUGUUUCGCAAAAUCUAGAAAAUCUUUUAACUUGUAUAUUUAUCAUUAAAAAGUUUUUUUUUGGAAC